AUGUUGUUGUUGUUGUGAAAUGACCGAGGCUGAUGUCAAUUCAAAGAAAAUAAAUUUUAAAGAAAUAAUAAUAAAUAAUAUACAAAAAUUAUGUGUUUUUUUAAUAAUAGAAAAUGAAACAAACACAAAAAUAGCCAAAGCACAAAAUAAAUAAAAUAUAUUAAUUAAAAAAUCAGAAAUUCAAAUCAAUUUUAUAAAAUUUUAUUGUGAAAUUACGUGUUUAAAUUUAAAAAUUUAAUAUUUGUCAAAAUAUUUGCAACACUUUUAAUGAAAUCAAAAGUGUUCUUUUGCACAAAAAAAUAAAUUCUCCCUUAAAAUAAAAGUUAAAACGUCAGCUCUCCUCAAUUUUUAAAGAAAAAUUAAAGAAACAAUUUUAUUGUUUUUAUACUCUCUUCUUCACUCUCACACUCACAUAACGGUGGGUGAAUGUCUAAUAUUUGGAAUACCAUUAUACGACAGAACUGUAAAUAGCAAUAAUGGGAAGUCUAAACGGUGAUGUAAUGGUUAUGCGCAAUGGACGCUCCACCAGUCAAGUAUCGGUAUAUAAUUAUCCAGAACAUUUAAAUCCCUUCUAUGAAGAUGAUCAGCACAAACGUUUGAGAUUCUGGAAGAUAAGCAAAAAAGAUAAUGAGGGACGUAGAAAUAGUUUCUCAAUUGGAAAUCUUAAGGAUAUGUGGGCUUUCAAAUCAUUUCGCAUGAAAAAGAAAUCUUCCACACUGGGUAUUAAUAAAACAUCAGAAAGUCCGCCAACACUGCGACGAGAUUAUGUUGUCGACAAUGGCUGGAAUACAUUUGAUCAUCGUUUACGUGGCAGCAAUACAUCAUCCAUAAAUGGUGACAGCUUUCAACGUAAUGCAACCUACAGAAGUUCUUUGCAAACAUUGCCAACGAGUAAUGAUCGUAUUGGCUUAAAUCGUAAUGAUGGCUAUCGUAGCACAAUACAAGUUACCCGUUCUAAUCCCCGCUAUCAGCCCCAACAGAAACAACAGCAGUUGCAGCAACAACACAAUACAACGGGAGUAUCACAAAACAGAAGAUCAUCACAAUCCAGUAUGGUUAGCACAAAUCCAUUUGAAUCCGAUGAUGAUGAAAAUGAAGACAUCAAUUCGUCUUGCAUGAGAAGUGUUAAUGGUGGUUCUACAACAACUCUAACAUCGCGAACACCACGCAAAAAACGUCGAGCACCAGCGCCACCAACACCAACUCACGGUCGCAGUAACGGAGCACCACCUCCAACAAUUCUUAUAGAAUCUAGUCACGAUAAUACCCAAGAUGAGUUACGUAUUAGAGAGGACAUAGAUAUUGCCAAUUUGACAGCUGAAAUAGAAAGUUUUGUUAAAACUAAAGACAACGAUGAUGUCGAAGUCGCGCCGAAGGAUGAAGUUCAAACGGUAACAACGACAAGCACAACGGAAACAGAAACUUCCACAAAUAAUGUGGAAAAACUUAAAGUGGAAGAAGAGCAGGAAAUAAAGCCAGCUGCAAAAGAAACUUCCCAAACUACCACCUCCACUACAGUUGUUAGUGAUAUUCCAACGAAAGAGAACGUAAUAACGGCAACUAAAACAAAUGGUCAAGUUACCACUGAAAUCGUAACAGUGACAACAACCACAAAAACUACAACAACUGAUGUCAAUAAACUUUUGGAAAAAGAAACCAAGGUGGCUCAAGUUUCAAAUGAAACGGUAAUAAAAACUGAUGAUAGUAAAGAAAUCAAAUCAAAUGGAGCGAUACCAAAGAAAUCAAACAAUAUGACAGUGGUCAGUUCAUCAGUUGAACAACAACAGCCACAAACUGCUGAAGUUGUCACAGAUUUGUGCAUAAAAGAAACAAAUUCGCAAGAAGUGUCACAGAAACCUGUACCACUUAAACGUCAUACGAAACCUGAAGCAGAGGCGGAAGUUGGUCAUGUUGAGUGCAUACAUGUGCAUGUAGAAAGUCCCAGAGCCACACCACGCAAGGAACAUCCUAGUGGUGUUUCCAGCUUUAAAACAAAUGAAAAUGUUGAAGUUAAUGAAACCAUAACCACUAAAACUCCAUUUGUACUAACCAGCCCUCCAACACAAAGACGUAAACCCCCACAAACAGAGAGUGAACCUGUUAUAAAGGAAACGGUUAAAAUUGUAGGAACAAGCUCCGCAAACGAACGAACUAACCACGAGUUGACUAUUAAAGAAGAACGCAUUAAUGCCAAACCGGAAAUUUUGGUCAAGCCCACUUUGUCACCCAAACCAGUCACAAAAGAUGUAAAUGGAAAAGUACAUGGUUUUGCCGAAAUACACAAACCCGCUAGAAAAUUUACAAAUAACCAAAAUGGUCAUGUACGAAGAGCUUCUCGUGAUGAGAGCGUAACACCACCUACUGUACCCCAAGAGAAAAACCACACCCAAGAGGAGAAGAAAAUUAACAAUUCAGUUCCAUCACAUAUUAGCAUCAAGACUAAUGGAGAGAAGGCGGAAGAAGUUAAAGUACCAGAAGUUAAAAAGGUUGAAACUUUGAAAAUCGUAGAAACUACAACCUCUAGUACUACUAAUGGUGAAACUAAAUCUAUGGAAAAAGAAGAAACAAAAGAGUUGAAAAAGGUUAAUUUCGAAACCUCUAUUAACAACACUAAUACAGUUACGACCCCUGAGUUGCAAAGGCAAACAGAUGAGUUUGAUUUGUUAUAUAGACCUAAACCUGCCAAUCAUAUGGAAUGGAAACGUUCCACACUGGCUCCCUUGGAAACCAACAUACCACCCGAAAAACGAAAGUCUGUCAAAGAUAUUAUAGAGUCCAUUAAUCGUAGUCAGCGUUUACUAAAUGCGGCAGCUAAUAAAGAUUUCACAGCUUUACAAACUCAAAACACAAUUACCCCCAAUAACAACACCUCUGGCCCACAGUCGAUAACCACACAACAGACUUCCGAAAACAAACAUAACGGAAAUCUAAGUGAAAACCUUAAAAUAUUAGAUGAGAUACAAAAAGAAAUUGAAGAGAUGAUACCAUCUGCCACUGAAGGAGCAGCCGCCAAUUCUCCCUCACCAUCGCCAUCGAAUUGCAACAACGAAUAUUCCGAAGCUCAAAAACUAGAUAAUAAUGAUAUAUUUCAAAAGUGUAAGGUAAAAAAAGAGGUCUACGAUUAUCGGGAAUCAUCGCCCAUAUCAUCAAAUUUAGAUUGGAAUCCAGUGCCAAAACCAAAACGUACUAAGCCCGGCCAUGAAUGAAAACAAGCUCAAAGCUAAAAAACGAAAUUAAGUAUUGUCCUUUAAGUUAAAAAACAAUACAUUAAAAUAUAAGUGUUAUUUACCAAAUACAGAUAUCUAUAAGAUCACAUCUUGUAUAUUUUUUAUCAAAAAUCAAAAUAUAAAAACGGGGUUUGUUUGCAAUACUACCUUAACUAAUAGUGAAUAUUAAUAUAUUUUUAAAUAAUCCUUAUAUUAAAAAAUAUAUAUAUCAUUUCAAUGUCCUUAUUUAGUGUGAUCAAUAUAAAUAUAUUUUAAUAAUAUACUAUACAUAUUUAUAAAUUAUUUCUAUGUAAAAAACAGCAACAAGUUUUAAAUUUUAACAGCUAUAAAUGUACUUCACAAAUUGUUAUUUUGUUAUCCUUUAGAUGUAUUCUCAAUCGGAUUGUUUAAAUACGAAAAAUAAAGGAGAGUAGAGAGUACAUUUAAAGUAAAUCUUAUAAAAAAUAAUAUAAUAAAUAAGAAAAAAA